UAUCAAUAACAAAGCUUCAAUUCUAUCUAGGUUUGCGUCCGGCCUUGUGUUUACAUUGUAAACAAUCGACGAUUUAUGUUUUGCAAACGAACGCACACAGAUAACGACGGAAGUCUUAACCUGAGAGAGGGCUCUUGAACGAAUCUCUUCAAAGAAUUGUAAACAUGCAUUGAAAUGAUGAAUUGAUGAAACGCGCGCCCUCAUUACUUAAGUCUUAAUUGAAUGAGGGUAUUAUUAACGUUCGAGGCAUAUUGCUUCCGUUCAUUCGACCACAAGCCGCCGAUUGUUGUCUGCUGGCAUGCCGACGGCGCCGCUCAAUUACCUCAAUUCAUCAAAAAUCAAAAUGGCGGCGCGUCUUUUGAAAUGUUGAUAAAUCGGGUUCAAAGCAGGGUUAACUAAACACACAUUUCGCUUACUUAAAUUAAUUUUAAUCAUUGAUUAACGCCGGAAAGCAGUGUUAAUUGAUUUGUUUUCGAAGCUGGGUGCUGAACGUACUUACUGCGGGUCUAUUUGUAGUUGACAAGAGCUCUUGCUCAACUAAAUGUGGAUCGGAUGCAGAUGUACAAGUGCACUUUUAGAAUUGUCCGUUUCGAAGAUGCGCACACGACUGGUGUUCGAAGCAGUCUGCGCGUUGUACACGCGCGGCUCAAACUAAAAUGCGACUGCAAUGUCUCCAGAUAGCUUUGAUGCUUUCGGGGCGCUAGCUUACCAGCGCCAUCUUGAAAAAAUUCAUCAUUAUGCAUCUUGAACGCAAAUUUUAAUUAGGAGCGAUCAUCACGAAUGAUUCAGAUUCGUGCGUGCGUCGAAACUUUAAAUUUACUUAUCUCCGAAUAUCAAUAUUACAAUAUUUGACUGAGCGCGGUUUCGAUCAAUCUUAUCUAACCGCACACACCUCAAAAUUACCUCUCCAUGUGUUCAUCUCGCAGUUGAAUUCCCAAUCAUGUACGCUACGGUACUAUUUCUAUUUGCUCUAUAUUUUCUCACUGGAAAUCCCACCAGGGCCCAAAUAAAUCAUAAUGUAAGAAACUUCUAUUAAAAUUAUGCAGUUUUCGUUGAUCAUUUUUGUCAUAUCAGGAACAAAAGCCAAUAAUUCAGUGACCCCGAGUAUAUCACUGAGCUAGCGCAUAAUUUAUCACUAGUUCGAGGUGGGCUAUCGGCAAAACUAGGAAAAAUCACUCUCCUGAUGUCGGAUGGACCUGUAUCACCUUUUCGCACAGCUCAAAGGAACUCCAACGCAACUGAUAUGAUUCUGGAUGAUCUAGAUAGAUCCGCCAUUGCUGAAUCCUACCACAAGACGCAUGAACUCCUCGUACAGCCGAAUAUAAUCGUACAGACUUUUAAACUUAAAGGAACUGAUAUUAUCGGACUGGCUUUGUAUAAAAACUCAGCUAAUUCUGCACCUGUGCGUAUUCAAGAGAUCAAAUCAACGGAUGAAUCAGAUGAUCUUAUCCAGGAUGACAACUUUGAAGCCGCCGUGUAUCUCCCGAAAGUGCUCCGUGAACAGGUCUUGUCAAUUUUGCCAGAUCCAGUUGUUGUGGUCACAGUGUUUCUGAACGAUAAGCUUUUUCGGAAACAAGUGCGACACCUCCAACUACCUCAGGUGGUCUUCGGUGUUUUAAUACCGGAAUUCCGUGAUGUUUUUCAAGCGCCAGUGAAAGUGGUUUAUAAAGUGCGUGACCGUGAAACGGAGCACAAGCGCUGCGCACAUUGGCUUUAUGGAAGCCGACAGAAAGGUGCCUGGGAAACGGAGAAGGUGGCCACCUUCUGUGGUGGUGUAGAAGUGUGCGAAUAUUACCAUGUGACACAUUUUGGAUUGUUGAUCACUGGCGCUGAAGAUUCCGAUCGGGUUCAUCAACCCGCAUUGGAUAUCAUCACAUUGGUCGGCAGUAUAUUAUCAUUGAUAGGAAUUGGUGGUAUUCUCUUAACAGCGGCAAUCUUCCCGCAAUGGCGUGCGAAUCGUGGUAAUGUUGUUCUGACAAACUACGCGCUUGCAACACUUCUGGAAAUUGUAUUGCUGUACGCAUCGGGACAUGCAAAAGAGAACGCUGUUUGUGAUUUAACUUGGUGUUUUGUCACUGGAAUUCUAUUGCAUUAUGUUGUCCUGGCACAGUUCUUCUGGGUGCUGGUGAUCUCCUUCCUGCAGUAUAAACGUUACGUGGAGAUUGGAGAUGUGACAACGAAUCUGGUCGCCAAAGCGUGUUUAGUCGGCUGGGCAACACCAUUAAUCAUUGUCGUGCCAGUGGGUACCAUUUACACGGACAACUACACAAAUGCAUAUUCUAGUAUUUGUUAUCCUGACGGUUUGGCAUUGUUUAUUGGAGUUUUAUUACCGAUAUUACUGAUUGUAAUCGUAAUUGGCGAUUUUGGAAUGAUCGCGAAAAAUUUAUUCGCGAAUCCAAAGGUGCGAAGCACACGCGCUGGAAGUCAGACUCUGUUGAAGUUCCGACUGUUGGUACUACUUUUCCAACUGGGAAUCAGUUGGGUGUUUGGUUUUCUCGGAAAACUACACAUUUCCCUCGUUUACAUCUUUUGCCUCACAGCGACACUGCAAGGUUUCUUCGUCUUUCUACUUUUCAUCAUUUUCAACCAACCCACGCGUCUCAUGUACGUGAAACUGGUACGUCCAUCUGCAGGCGCAACAAAACCCUACUCCACCAGAGAAACAACCAAUACAUCUACCACAGGCGACACGGAAACACGUCCAAGCGUAGAACAUUAAACAAUUCAAAGUGUAUAUACUCAAGAAAACGUUUAUUACAUUAACACGAAACACA